AUGGCUCGUUUCUGCGGUGCCAUUGACGAGAAGACUCAGGAUUUCGAAGGCUCUGCUGUGGCAUACCUUGUUGACGCUUUCGGUAUUUCCAUUGGUGCACUCUUUGGAACACCACCUGUCACUGCAUAUAUCGAAAGUGGUGCAGGCAUCUCGGAGAGCGGAGGCACUGGUCUAACGGCGAUCACCACCGGACUGUGUUUCUUCAUCUCCAUCUUCUUUGCACCAAUCUUUGCGGCCAAAGCCGCCGAGGACAUCAACUGGCGCUACAUCGGUGAUGCGAUUCCUGCAUUCCUGACAAUCGCCAUUAUGCCGUUCACAUACAGCAUUGCGUAUGGCCUUAUUGCGGGGAUCAUCAGCUACAUUCUGCUCAACAUCUUCGUGUGGAUUGUUGAGAAGCUCUCCGGUGGCCGGAUCAGGCCUGUGGACAAAGAAUGCAAAGAUCCUUGGACGUAUGAGAUCGAAGCUGGGAUUCUUCCACCGUGGGUUAUACGUGCUGCUAAGGGUCAAACGGACUUCUGUCGGCCUUAUGAGGACGUCGAGCAUAACAGUGUCCCUGCUGGUGCGCCGGGGAUGACCCUCGAAGGCAAGGAUGGUGAUGGCAUCAGUGCUGCGCAGGCCUUGGCUGGGGCGGGUGCAGCUGAGAGAGGCGGUGUUAAGAGCGAAGCAAGAGCCAGCACGACGAGCGGGAGUGAAGUGGAAGAAGGACUAAAGAGUUCAGAAACUGCUAGUCGCCCUACUAGUAUUUUGGGUUUGUUUUUGUUCCAUUGGGGACUGUAUGCUUGGGAUCAGACGAUGAAGGAAUUUGGUGAGUUAUUCUUGGAUCCUUUGGAAAUUGGGGCCGAGGUUGGCAUUAAGGUCUUUAUCUGGUGA